GGCUUUACCAGCAGCGGCUCGGCGGCGGCUGCACCGAGGAACUCUGGGACGCCGUUAGACACAGACAGUGGCAGAAAGGGAGGGAGGGGUGUUAGAAAGUCACUGCGCUGGAACAGAGCAGGAAAUAAAAGACUGAGAGAGACUUUUCCUUCCUCUGCUUCGCCUACAAACUCUCUGUCUUCCUCUGCAGACUCACAGGAAGACAUGACAGUGGGUGCAGAAGUUUGGGUGGAUGUGCUAAAAGGAGCAGCAGCAGUUUGUAGAGGAGAUGAGUGUGUGAUCUGAGCCUUCAUCCUCCUCCUCCUCCUCCUCCUGCCCCGGGGGUCAGAGAGGAGAACACCUGCUGACAGCGAGGAGGUCCUGAGCGAGGAGACGCAGCAGCAGCAGGACUGAACACAGCUGGAGACCUGACGCACUCCACAGGUCCCUGCUGAGCUGAACACUGUCAAACACUGGUUACACUCCAGAGCAUCUGCACAAGAAGCUGAGAAUCCACUGGGGCAGCAGUUGGUUGGUUGAUCUUUUCGGGAGGUCAGGGGUCGAAGGCCAUGGCGGGCCGACUCCUCCUCUUCCUGUGUGUCUCGGUGACGCUCAGCCACGCUCAUUUCCAGUCAAACCAGCGUCUGAAGCCCCGCCUCCAGAGAGACCGACGCAACAUCCGUCCGAACAUCAUCCUGAUCCUGACCGACGACCAGGACCUCGAGCUGGGUUCGAUGCAGGCCAUGAAUAAGACUCGCCGCAUCAUGGAGGAGGGUGGGACUAUGUUCUCCAACGCCUUCGUGACCACACCCAUGUGCUGUCCUUCACGUUCAAGCAUGCUCACUGGGAAGUACGUCCACAACCACAACACCUACACCAACAACGAGAACUGUUCCUCGUUGUCAUGGCAACGGCAGCACGAGCCACGGACCUUCGGGGUCUACCUCAACAACACUGGAUACAGAACAGCCUUCUUUGGGAAGUAUCUGAACGAGUAUAACGGCUCAUACGUCCCCGCCGGGUGGAGGGAGUGGCUCGGUUUGGUGAAGAACAGCCGCUUCUACAACUACACAAUGAGUCGCAACGGAGUCCGAGAGAAACACGGCGCACAGUACCCACAGGACUACCUGACCGACCUCAUCACAGCGGAGUCCAUCCGGUAUUUCCGCUCCUCUAAGCGUGUUUAUCCUCACCGACCGGUUCUGAUGGUGCUAAGCCACGCAGCUCCACAUGGACCCGAAGACUCAGCACCGCAGUACAGCACCGCCUUCCCCAAUGCAUCGCAGCACAUUACUCCCAGUUACAACUAUGCUCCAAACCCAGACAAGCACUGGAUCAUGCGAUACACCGGCCCCAUGAAGCCCAUCCACAUGGAGUUCACCAACAUGCUGCAGAGGAAACGACUGCAGACGCUCCUGUCUGUGGACGACAGCAUGGAGAAGCUGUACAACAUGCUGGUGGACACGGGCGAGCUGGAAAACACAUACAUCAUCUACACGUCUGAUCACGGCUACCACAUCGGACAGUUCGGCCUCGUCAAAGGUAAAUCCAUGCCGUAUGAGUUUGACAUCAGGGUCCCGUUCUACAUCAGAGGACCUAACGUGGAGCAGGGCAGCAUUAACCCUCACAUGGUCCUGAACAUCGACCUGGCUCCGACCAUCCUGGACAUCGCUGGCCUUGACACUCCUCCAGAUAUGGACGGGAAGUCAAUACUGUCUCUACUGGACACUGACAAAUCUGCCAAUAGGUUCCAAGUGAACAGGAAGCCGAAGGUGUGGAGAGACUCGUUCCUGGUGGAGAGAGGGAAGCUGCUCCACCAGCGUGUCGAGGGGAAGGAAGUGUCACAGGAGGAGAACUUCCUGCCCAAACACCAACGAGUAAAAGACCUGUGUCAGCGAGCGGAGUACCAGACGCCCUGUCAGCAGACCGGACAGAAGUGGCAGUGUGUGGAGGACGCCACAGGUAAACUACGACUCUUCAAAUGUAAGAACGAAGGGGGAGGAGCAAAGACCUUCCAGAGGGGUGUGGCUGAUUAUCAGCGUCCAAUCAGCAUCAAGUCUCAGCUGUUCCACCGCAAAUCAGACGACUGUGACUGCGACUUCCGCGACCUCCGACCUCUGAACCUGCGACCCUCCAUGAUGAGGCCGUUCAACAAGAAACCUUUCUUCUCCAAGAAGAAGUUCAAAGCCCUGAAGAGUUACUCCAGAAACCGUUACACCCGCUCAGUAUCCAUGAUGAACAGUUACCCUGGUAACCACAGCCUGGUGGGCGUGUCUGAUGAGGAUGAGUUCAGCGGGAUGGGAGGUGCUCCCACUGUUGUGGCCCCGCCCAACUCAAUCAAAGUCACACACAGAUGUUCCAUUCUGUCCAACGCCACAGUGAAGUGUGACACCGGGGUUUAUCAGUCUCUUCAGGCCUGGAAGGACCACAAGCUGCACAUUGACCACGAGAUCGAGACUCUGCAGACAAAGAUAAAGAACCUGAGAGAGGUCAGAGGUCACCUGAAGAAGGCCCGCCCCCUGGAGUGUGACUGUAAUAAAUACCUGUACAAGUCCAAACUGAAGAAUAAGCUGAGGUACAGAGGAGGCGGGCUGCACCCCUUCAGGAAGGGCGGGGCUCGGGACAAGAAGGCGUGGCUUCUGAAGGAGCAGAAGAGGAGGAAGAAGAUGAGGAAGAUGAUCAAGAGGAUCAGGAACAAUGACACGUGCUCGAUGCCUGGACUCACCUGCUUCACACACGACAACCAGCACUGGCACACUGCACCCUACUGGACACUGGGUUCGUUCUGCGCGUGCACCAGUGCCAACAACAACACAUACUGGUGUCUGAGGACCAUCAACGAGACGCACAACUUCCUGUUCUGUGAGUUUGCCACUGGCUUCCUGGAGUACUUCGACCUGAACACCGACCCGUACCAGCUGAUAAAUGCUGUGAGCUCCUUGGAUCGGACUGUUCUCAAUCAGCUUCACGUUCAGCUGAUGGAGCUGAGAGGCUGCAGGGGACACAAGCAGUGUAAUCCUCGCACUCGCUCAGUGGAGCUGGCAGGAGGACGGGAACACAGCAGCUUUGAUGACUACAGGGUGUUUGAGAGGAGGAAGUGGCCGAGAGUCAAGAAACCUUCGUCAUCUCGAACCCUAGGUCCGAUCUGGGAUGGCUGGAAGGGCUAAGCUUCCUGAUUGGUUGGAGCAGGCUCCUGACCCCGCCCACAGCAGCUCGAAGGUGAAGGGCGUGGUCGUUGACGCAGCGGCAUCACUUGGCAAUCACGCCCCCAUCUCACCGGUUAGCCAAUCAGCUUCUGCCAUUUCUGUGACAUCGCUAGACCCUCCCACCCUGCUGCUCAGGGAGACGCUGGGACGAAACACCCAACGCACCUCUUAAUCCUCCUCCUCCUCCUCUGCUCCCCCCUUCUCCUCUGAGGGGGGCUGCUCCGAGGAGGAGGAGGGAGAAGAGGAGAGAGGGGAAGAGGAGGAUGAUGGUGAUGAAGAGGAGAAUGAGACGGAGAGGUGGACAGGAAGCUGUGAUAGUUGUGAAAAAACUCCAGACGACAGCGACAGAAAAUCUGAACGUCAGAGACAGAACAAACUUCUCUCCUCUCUCCUGUCUCCUCUCUCCUCUUUCCUGUCUCCUCUCUCCUGUCUCCUCUUUCCUCUUUCCUGUCUCCUCUCUCCUGUCUCCUCUUUCCUGUCUCCUCUUUCCUCUUUCCUGUCUCCUCUCUCCUCUCCCUUGUCUCCUCCCCUUCCUCCUCCUCCUCUUCAGGUGACCUCCCAGCGGCCAUAUUUGUUUUACAUGUCCAUAUUUAGUCUUUCUAACAGUCUGUAAAGACAGACAGACAUUAAAGGACCUGUUCGCCCUGUUUUUGUUGUUAUUAAACUCAGACUGAGAAGCAGACAAACUUCCACGUCCAACGCUGUGACAUCACUGCUGAUGUAAACGUGAUGUCAUUUCGCUUUCUGUUUUUUUUUUUUUUUUCCUUCGACUAACUUGAGCGUCGGUUACCAUGGUGACCGGCAGCUUUACUGACGACGGAGCAACAGUUGUACUAACCUGGUGACUGACCACAGUACCCACCAUGCAACACAGCAGCCCUGAAGAUAACGACGACGAGAACGUGUCGGAGUCAAAAUCAAACAAGGAAGGACACAGAAGAUACGAGACCGUGGGACGCUGAAGUGUUUUCAUGUCUCACGAGCCAAUAAAAAGAGGACUACAUGAUGAUGUCAUCACAUCCACAGCUUGUUGCAGCUGUUUUAUGAAUAAACAACUGAAGAACAUUUGUUUAAAGUUAAAACCGUCACUUGGAAAAUCAGUUUUACUGUAUAUCAAUACAAUUUUCACUGUCCAAUCACCUUCGUCCUUUUCAGUUCAGUUGCUGAUUUUUUUUUUUUUUUACGUUAAAUUGUGAUUUGCUCUCAGAUUUUCAGCCCCGGUGUCCACCCCCCCCAAACUACUGAUCAGAAAUGUCCAGAGGUCUGAAUUAGAACAUGUAACUUCUAAAAAUGUAAAAUAUAACUGUAGAAAAAAAACCCUGGAUUCACACAGGAAGUGAAGAUAAGAUGGAAGAAUUACAACUGGCCUUUGGAUGAUCUCUCCCUGGUGUGAAGUGAUCUUCAGGACGGGAUCAGAUCCGUGUUAAACUGCCCCUCAGAUGCUCGUACAGUUAAAUAUCCUCUGAAUAUCCCACUGGGUUUAGACAUAGUCUUGUAAUUCUGCCUUUUCCUUUUUUGGGGGGGAUGAUUUCCUACAUUUCCCAGAAUGCCUUUCAGCAGAGAAGGUGCCUCCCGUUUCUUUAUGCGAUCACCGGGUACAGAGGAGCGCUGGUUUUUUGCCUCUUUGUGAACUUGAAUAAUUGUUACGCUCUACAUU